AAAAAAGAAAGAAAACAGAAAAAACAAAAAAAGCAAACACAAACACAAAAACAAAAUACAAAAUUAAUUUCACGUUUUUGGAGAGCAUAGAGCAAGUAAUACAUAUAAUCCUAAUAAAUGACCCUACACGAGAAGGCCUUUGUAUGAAAUUCAAUUACCAAACGUAUAGGAAAUCCACAACAACAACAACAACAAUAACAACAACAGCAAUAAGUAUAAACACAAAAACUAAAAAAAACGCCGCAGCGCUGCAAAAAUGUACGACAUAAAAUCUUUAUCAUUUGAUGAACAAAAUCAAAAGCCAAAUAGCGCAGCAAUAACAACAACAACAACUAGUACUACUACUACGGCAGUCACAACAACGAACACUGUAACAAAUCCCGCAGCAGCAACAACAACACUAUUAGCAAAACAUACAAAUCUAAAAAGUGGGCGUUUAGCGGCGGCACACAACAAUUUCACAACAAACACCAAAAAUCCCUACACACAACACCAACACAAACAUAAACAACCACACCAACAACAGCAGCUGCUCAGUAAUAUAGCAUUAGCGCAGCAGAACACUUGCGUCAGCGUCAUAUCAACAGCAAAAAUUGAUUGCGAUUCAAACGCACUUGAGCACUGUAAUCCUGCAGAAAGCACACAUAUGACCUUGUUGUCGCUUAGACGUCGUCGCCUAUUGCAGCGUCAAGCUUGCCUAAUCAGCAUACUGGCAGCGUUUGUAUUCGGUCUGGCGUUGGGUGUGUUCAUGCCCAUGUUCGGCCUAGCAAAUGUGUUUGAACCAUUUUCAACAGCCGCUACAACAGCAACAACAGCAAACGCUGCAUUGCCGUCAAUUAACAUUGGCACUGCUGAUAUGCAAAUAUUGCCCGCAGCCACAUUACCAGAACAUAGCUCAGCAUUAAAUAAUUUAAACAGCACAAAAAUAGUGCAACGUCCACCUUCCGAUUUUCCUACAAUAUAUGAGCAGCACGCUGAAGCCAUACUGUCAAGAGAGCGCGGCGAUGGUAGCAGUAGCACAACAGCGGCCAUUGCAACAGCUGAUAAUCCAUUUUCAGUGGCUUUCAUACAAGAAGAACAAGUGGAGCUAAGCGCUGAGGAAGUGUUUCGUAAUGCUUUUCAUCUGGAACAGUACAAGAACUCACCCGAUACGAUGGUUGUUAAGAAAUUAGACGCAAUUGAUGGUAGCAUUAAAGAAUUUCAUGUGCAACGUUUACCAGAUGGACGUUUUCGUAAAGGUCCCGAAAGACGUCUAUCCAAGCCUUCUCUCACCGAACAAAUGUUGCAAGUUUCAAAUGACAAUAGUGGUUUCGUAGCAGAGAGCAUCAAUUUUGUGCCUAUGGCUCAACGUAUAAUGGAGAAUGCACGCAAUCAACAAAACCACGGCAUUAUAAAAUCCGAUAUCUAUUGGGGUGAUUUAGUAGAGCGUGCCUUACCCAAGGGUUUCACUGCAAAUGAUGCCCAAAAAUGGAAUAAAUAUGUUGCGAGUGACGGUAUAGUUGAGCGUUUAGAGCCCGGUUGUGGUCGUAUGCAAAAUCGCCUCGUCAUUUUUGCUGAUGGUACACGUGCCUGUGCGCGUUAUCGUCAAAAUACCGAUCAAAUACAAGGUGAAAUAUUCUCUUUCUUCUUGGGUCAAUUGCUUAAUAUGAGUAAUCUGGCACCUAGUGCUGCAGCCGUUAUAGAUGUCGAAUCACGCACUUGGUCAUCUGCAGUUGCGGAUAUAACACAAGCGCAAUGGAAGCAACAACGCCCAGUUGUGCUUACGCGUUGGUUGCCUGAUCUUGAACCGGCUGGUAUACCACAACCUUUUCAACCGCUUGAACGUCAUUUGAAUAAGUACGAUGUUUGGAAUAUCACACUGGGUGCUGCAGCCGAAGCUUUGAAGAAUGCAGCAACAACCACUAACCCAACCCUGGCACAAACAACGUACGACAAACAAAAAGGAUUACUCAAACGGUUGGAAGCUGCCAGCAACACUAGAAACGAUAAUCAAUCAAUAAAACAUAGGGCAGCACCUUCGCCUUUGCCCCUGCCUUCACCUUCAACUUUGACAGCGCAAUCAACACAAUUAACAGAUGUUGCUGCUGCUGCUGUUGCUGAUGCUGAUGCUGAUGUUGCUGCUGCAAAUGAAACUACAACAACAACAACGUCUGCAUCAUCGUUGAUGUUACGUCGUCUAAUUGAAUUGGCGCAAUGGUCGGAUUUAAUCGUUUUCGAUUAUUUGAUCGCGAACCUAGAUCGUGUCGUCAAUAAUUUAUACAAUUUUCAAUGGAAUGCCGACAUAAUGGCUGCGCCUGCGCACAAUUUAGCACGUCAAACUAAUACGCAGCUGCUCGUCUUCUUGGACAAUGAGUCUGGUCUCCUGCACGGAUAUCGACUAUUAAAGAAAUACGAAGCAUAUCAUGGAUUAUUGCUGGAUAAUCUUUGUGUAUUUCGUCAACCUACUAUUGAGGCACUGCGUCAGUUGCGCUCGUACGGCGCCGGACGUAGACUGCGUGAAUUUUUCGAACAAAAUGCGAAUGCUCAGGUGCGUGACGUCUUACCGCCACUGCCUGACAAAUCAAUCAAAAUACUUGUGGAUCGCAUUGAUCGUGUUUUGGGACAAGUGCAGAAAUGCCGAGACUUAUUGGCAGAUAGAUAAUUGUGUGAGUACUGAGAGUUUAUAGUGUGUUGGUACCAAAAUUAUUUGCUUUAUUUUUAAAAUGAAGUCAAAGAGGACACAAAUUGUAAAAAUUAUAAUAAUGGCGCUUUUUAUGUGUGAGAUACGUAAAUAACUUGUUACAAAAAUUACUAAAUGACUGCAGGAAUAACAUCUAGGCUAGAUAAGAAAUUCUUUAAAAUAUUAAUUAAUAUAUCCAAGGAAUAAUAUUUUUUUUUAGAACGAAACAACUAACUAGCUGACGAAGUUAGAUCUAAGCUAAAUGAGAAAUUCUUUAAAAUAUUAGAUGAUAUUUUUGUGUGGAUUAGAGAUAAUCAUUAUUGGAUGGUAAAUUAGUCCAUAAUUCUUUGCAAUAUUGGAUUAUAUUUUUAUAUCCAAUGACAAAUACUCCUUUUGUCACAAAAGCAAUUCAUAAUUAUUUACAAUAUUAGUUAAUAUUUUUGUGUAAAUGAAGAAUAUACUUUUUAUUGGAUAGGAAAGGGGUACAUAAUUCUUUAAAAUAUUAGUUCAUAUUUUUGUGUCCAACAGCGGUCAAUAUUUCUUUAAAAUGUUUGCUAAUAUUUUUAUAUUAAAUAAUAGAUAUCAAUAUUUGGUCAAUGGAGAAAAUUGACUCAUAUGUUUUAUUUCUAAUUUAGUAGAUUUUCGGGCUAUAUACCGCAUAUCCAAUGUUAGGGAACAUAUAAGGAAGUAAAUAAAAAUUAAUUUUGAAUAAUAUAGUAUAUUAAAUUAUUAACACCAUUUUAACUAUAGUCUAUAAUACCCUGAAAAUGACUUAAAUUAGUUUUAAAAAAUAUAAAUUUUUGUCACCAAAACAUUUAUAGUAUUCUAUAUAUGACUAUAGACUACAGUCGAAUAUUAAGCCAUCAGCAGUAGCUCUUUUAAUCUUCGAUUAAUUGUCCGCAACCAAUGAUAGUAAAUGUUGCAACCAUAAGAUUCAAACUUAUUCAUAUGUAUAAGUUCUCUGAAGACAUGCUCAUAGCUCUAUUGUCCCUGAAACUUUUUCAUGGUAUAUUACAUGUUGACAUAUUGAUACUUCAAAUAAGUGGUUCAAUAUUUAAAUUAUUUAUGUAAUAUUCUGUUAAAAUAUAUAUAUAAAGGUGUAUAGCUAAAAUUUUUCAUGUACUAAAUAUAUAUCUACGAAGAGUAGACCAUAGAACUUAGAGAAAUCUACGAGACAAAAUCUUCUUUCUCAUAAAUCACAACCAAUACAAAUCCAAAUCUGCAAGGAGUAAACCAUAGAACUUAGAGACAUCUUUAAAACAAAAACUUCUUUCUGAUACAUCUCAAUAAACAUUGAACACUUGUUAUAAAAGUGAUUAUAGGUAUGCUAAACGUCUGUAAAGAGGGGACCAUUGCGCAUAUCAACAAAACUAUACAAUAUCUUCUGUUAAUGCUCGUACAUCCCACAUACUAUUACAAAUAACGAAUUCUUACCACAAUUGUUAUAUAUAAACUCAAGUGUACUCUACAAGUCCACGAAUUAAUUGAUAAGCA